AAGUGGAAAAGACCAAAUGUCAGCAUGAACGAGAAGUAGCUCUUGGAAGCGGAGGCACUUUCUUCUCAAGGGAGAUAAGAGUUGGUCAGUUCAUUCCCCAGUGUGAUGACCAUGGGAAUUACCUACCCACUCAGUGCCAUCCUAGCAGUGGAUAUUGCUGGUGUGUGGAUAGGGAUGGAAAUGAGAUUGAUGGCACCAGAAGCAUACCAGGAGUCCAGCCACCAUGUCUGAGCACAGCUGCUCCUCCUGUUGUUAUUGGGCCCUCUGUUCGACCAGAUACAGUACCUUUGCCGCCAGGAACGCACUUGCUUUUUGCCCAAAGCGGUAAAAUUGAACAUGUCCCACUAGAGGGAAACAAUAUGAAGAAAAAUGGUGCAAAAGCACUCUUGCAUAUUCCAGAUAAAGUUGUUAUUGGAGUUGCUUAUGACUGCACAGACAAGAUGGUUUACUGGACAGACAUCAGUGGCCCUUCAAUCAGCAGAGCUAGCCUGCAUGGUGGGGAGCCAACAACCAUCAUCAAAACAGACUUGGGAAGCCCUGAAGGGAUAGCUGUAGAUCACCUAGGUCGCAACAUCUUCUGGACUGACUCUCAACUGGAUCGAAUAGAAGUGGCUAGGCUGGAUGGGCGCCAGCGUCGCAUCCUUUUUGACACUGGCCUGGUGAACCCCAGAGCAAUUGUUGCAGAUCCUAUGAGAGGAAACUUGUACUGGACUGACUGGAACAGAGAAGCUCCUAAAAUUGAAACCUCAUACAUGGAUGGCACAAACAGAAGAAUUCUUGUUAAAGAUGAUCUUGGGUUACCAAAUGGUCUGACAUUUGAUCCUUAUUCCUCAAUGCUGUGCUGGGUAGAUGCAGGUACCAAGAAGCUGGAAUGCAUGAACCCUAAUCAGCUUGGUCGACGCAAGGUUGUUGAAGGAAUUCAGUAUCCUUUUAGUGUUACAAGCUAUGGGAAGAAUUUAUACUACACAGACUGGAGAAGGGAUGCCGUUGUAGCAGUGGAUCGCACAAUUUCAAUAGAAAAGGAUAACUUCCAGCCUCACAAGCACUCCCGUCUCUAUGGAAUCACUACAGCUUUUGCUCAGUGCCCAGGAGGACAUAACUACUGUACAGUGAACAAUGGCGGUUGUACUCACCUCUGCUUGGCUACCCCAGGAGGCCGUUCUUGCCGCUGCCCUGACAACACAGUUGGAGUGGAUUGUAUAGAAAGAAACUGAGCAUUAAAAUAAGCUUUAGAGCAGGGGACGCCUUUUGGAAACAUGCUGUAAACAAUUCAGUCUUAUCAACAAAAUCAGGCCCUAAAGAUAAGUGCUCCAAGCUACUUGACAGCAAGCCACAAUACGCACAUGCAGACACACACAGAGGCAAUGACUGUAGCAAUUAGGCAAGACAGAGCUGCCCAAGUUAGGUCCAACUGCAUCUUGUUCCUUGUAAUAUUAUCUCCUUGCUUUUAAAAGUAAAUGUGGAGGCCUUAAUUGCACCUG